GUUUGGUGGAUUCGAGUAUGGCUACCAACAAGGAGUGCUCGGACAAUCCUUAGUGAUGACUCGGUUUACCGAAAACUUCCCAUCGGUCGUUCAUUCCUCUGCGGCUACCGGAUGGCUCACCUCCGUUCUUCAGCUCGGCGGUAUUGUGGGAUCGCUAUCUGCCGGCGUCUUUGGCGAGAUCUUCUCGAGGAAGUACACCAUGUUCGCGGCCUGCUGCUGGGUCAUCUUGGGAAGUUAUCUGUACGUUGGUGCUUCAGCAGGAAUGGCCUCGCUCCUGUACGCUGGGCGAUUCUUUACCGGUCUCGGAGUCGGUCUUUUCAGCGGUGUCGGCCCCUUGUACAAUGCCGAGCUGGCCGCUCCGGAAAUGCGCGGUCUCCUGGUCUCCUUCUAUCAAUUUGCAACUAUCCUCGGGAUUAUGAUAUCCUUCUGGGUGGGCUACGGCAGCAAUUACAUUGGCGGCACUGGUGAAACACAAUCGGAUCUGGCAUGGCGUCUGCCCUCCAUCAUUCAAGGAAUUCCGGCCUUUGCGCUGGCCUGCGGCAUCUGGUUUAUGCCCUUUUCACCUCGGUGGCUGGUCAAAGUCGGACGGGACCAGGAGGCUCAGUCCACUCUCGCCUGGAUGAGGAAAUUGCCGGUCGAGCAUGACCUUGUCCAAAUGGAAUAUCUCGAGAUCAAGGCAGAAGCAUUGUUUGAGAAGAGAGCCUUCCCCAACACGGCGGAAAAGGGAAUUCUGAAGAACCAGUGGGCGCAGUAUGCCAACUGCUUCUCCACCAUGGACAACUUCAAGCGUGUUUGCACCGCCUGGCUGGUGAUGUUCUUUCAGCAGUGGAGUGGAAUCGAUGCCAUCAUCUAUUAUGCGUCCAACGUCUUUGUCAGUCUGGGACUGACAGGCGGCACCAUCGCUCUCCUGGCAACUGGUGUCACUGGAGUUGUGUUCAUCGUGAGCACUGUACCAGCUAUGUUGAUCAUUGACCGGGUCGGUCGGAAACCCAUGCUGCUGGUCGGCUCGGUGGUAAUGUUCCUGAGUAUGGUGAUUGUCGGCGUGAUUGUUGCCAAGUUCCAACACGACUGGCCGUCUCAUGUCGCAGCCGGAUGGACCGCAGUUGCACUGAUCUGGCUCUACAUCGCUGGCUUUGGCGCCACCUGGGGCCCAGUCUCAUGGACUCUCGUCUCCGAGAUCUUCCCUCUCUCGAUCCGCGCAAAGGGAGCUUCCAUCGGAGCCUCCAGCAACUGGGUCAACAACUUUGCCAUUGCAUUUUUCGUCCCGCCUAUGCUGAAGUCAUGGCAAUGGGGCACAUAUAUCUUCUUUGCCGUCUUCCUUCUGGUCGGCAUCUUUUGGGUCCAGUUCUACCUCCCGGAGACCAAGAACGCAUCCUUGGAGGAAAUGGACCGGGUGUUCAACAGUCAUACUGGCGAGCGCGACGCCCAGCUCCUUCGUGAAGCCCAACGCGAUGUGGGGUUGACGGCACUGCUGGCCAGGGCGGAUGGAGGCAACGGUAUGUCGAAAGGGCCAAUUCCGGAAGAGAAGUUUGUGGAGAGUGUCUAGAUGGUGCUCUCUAUUUUAUGAGGGAUGAGAUUAAUGCAUUUGUUUGUAAUUAUUAUAUUUUGCUUGCUGCGUGGGAUCUGUUUGCGGAGAUAUAUAUCCGGAUGUUGCUCUAUCAGCAGAGUUUAAUCAAAAGAUUCGCCAC